AUGUCAACACUUAUGCGCAACAACUCUGGCUUUGGGUGGGAUCCAAUUACAAAGACAUUCACCGCUAGUGAUGAAGUAUGGAAAGAGUACUUAAAGAUUGUUGUUGGGGGUAAAACCGCUAGUGGGCACACUUCCAUGUCACUAGACCUUGAUGAUACUGAUGCUACAACUUUUGGAGAAGAAAAUGUUGAUUUUGGGAUGGAAAACUUUUCAUAUGAUCUUAACAAUGAUGUAUUCAUAACACCAGAUCACUAUGACCCAUCUUACCAGCCUCCAUCACCUCACCCAAGCAUUUCACCACCUCAACCCCCUUUAAGCUCAAAGGUUCCCACUGAAAAACUAAUUAAUCGUAAGCGGAGUAGGUCUAAGUAUGGAGUGAGUUCUAACUCAGCUAGGAACAAUAGUCAAGCCAAAGUUCUAGAAAAUCUAUAUUUUGGCAUUGAGACUAUAGCUGCCAAUUUUUAA